AUGACAGGAGGUGUGCCUGGCUGCGGCAUCGAGAUCACGCACAAGGUUGCUCUGCAUAGCAGAAUUGGCGAGGCUAUGCUUCACGCAUUCCUGUCAAUGGCACCAGAGGAUUUUUCUGAGCGUGCCAAGGACCUCGUGAAGGAACUAUAUUCAUUGCUCGCCCACGACCCUCACCAUUUCCUCCAACGCAGGUACAAGGCAGUCGCGGACCAUAUCCCAGAUGAUUUCCCACAGCGUGCGGUGAUCAGCAAGUACGUGCAUCCUCUCACGUCCUUUUCAGCCACCCGAAAGGCACCGUCAUGGGAUGUGUCUUCCUGCCAGCCAGAUCUCGCGGCUCUUGCAGACUUCUGUAGGCAGCAACUGGGCUGGGAUGAUAGUGCCAUUAUCGAGAAGAUGUAUGGUGGUGUGUGGGAGGGUACCUGUCUUCGCACCUUCUGCAAGGUAAGCAGCUCACUGCAUGUUGACAGCCACUAA